UGCUCAUGGUACCCGUAACCCAGGCACUUACAUACAAAACCAGGCUGCACAUCAUGCAUGCACAAUUCUUUCUUACUUACAGAAAUUUUUAGGAAGUGACUUCAGGAGUAUUGUCUAAAGUAUUUAGUUCCUCUGAAAUAAGGAGGAGCUUAUUCAUUUAUCAUUGAAGUAAGCUUCAGAACUUGCAAAAAGAAAAAAGUCCUGUUCUGCAUAAACAGAAAAGGGAAUUAUGCCAGGAAGCAACACCUGAGAAUAACCACUGGACAACCAUUGCAUGUCAGAGCAGCUGGAAUCUUGUCUCAAAGAAGGUUUAGCUCCUUUGUGCCAAUGUAUUAGUCUUAAGUGACAAGCAGAACAGGCCUAGGAAGUAAGGCAUAAUACUUUUCUCCAGCUGUUUUCAAUGAGGCAUGUGAAAAAGAAAACUUUACAAAAACUAAGCAUAUAGAUAGAACCAAAAAUUUCUUAAGUCAACUCUUAAUUCUGUUUUUGUUAGCUUUAUCAUUUGCUGGCAUCACAAGGCACACAUAGAUAAUAUUGCCUGUCUUUUUGUACAUAAGAGUAUUGUUAAUUGCUAUGUCAUUAAAAAUUGUGGUAGGAAAAGGAGAAUUUGUCUUCAGUUGACCUUGCCUUUUGAUCCCUUCAAUUUCAGCUAAACCUAAAGGUAGGAUGAGAGAAGCAUAGCACAUGACUACAUGACUACAGACCUCAAAUUUCAGGGAAAGAAGCAUUUUGGUAAAGGAUCACCACUGAGUGAAAAGAUGCAGUAUGAAUUUAACUAUAUUGCCAGGGAGUCCAUGCAGGGGAGAGAUACUAUAAAUGAAAACCCAGAAUAUAGUAGGGCUCAUAAGAUUUGCAGGUUGCAGAACUGCUUUGUUUUCUGUCAGAGAGAGCAUAUUCUUAGUUUAAAUCUAUUUAUUGGGCACAUCUGCUGCCUCCAGUCACUGCAGUGAUGGGGACCUCAUCUACCUGUAAUGAAUCAGCAGAUACCAUGUACUGGAGAAAAAAGAAAGGGGAGGAAAAUUUGUUUUCUUAAUGACAUCCUUGUUAGAUGGAUGUAAACUGGCUACAUCACAAUCUAGAUUAGGCUAGACUAGCACCAAUGUUUUCUAAAAAUAAACUUCUUAAAUUCACAGAUUUUAAUUUGGCUGUACUUAGAAACAUUAGUCAUUUGCCUCGACUUCUGCUGGUAUUUCUGAUUAUCAGUAGUUACUCAGAAACUCAGAACUGCCCUUGCAAGGCAGGUCCACCUUCUCCUGACUUGAGUAGUGUAUUUUGCAACCAACAUAAUUAUUUUGGAUUUUUUCUUCUAACCUUUUUACUAGGUCACCAUCUGUUACAGCAGCUGCAUAUUUUGUGUGAAGUAGAUAGGACACUAAUUUUGUAUUUAGGAGCAUGUACCUGUGAGAACCCAGUGUCCCCUGCUGAGCAAAGACCUUAGCUGAGCACGGAGCCAGUGAGGAGUGCCACCUCCUGAACCACCGCUAUUACUCUCUGCAACCCUGGGGCAUUUUAUUGUUCUUGAAAUCAACUGGCAUCAGCUGUAGGAGGGACAUUAGAAAUAACGGUUGCAGAAGACUUGGUGAUGGGGGAAGGCACGUGAAAGAGAAACUAAGCAACAAAAGGCAAAGGUUUAUCAAUAUACAGUCCACUCUCGUUUCAUAUGUGACAAGGAAGCAAGCAAACAGUGGAGAACGGCAGUAGAUACGAUGCAGAUAAGCAGGAACGAAAAAUUAAGGACAAAAAGACAGUGCAGUUUCUAAAAACUCAGAUUGUGCACUUCAAAAUAAUACCAUAAAGGCUCCUCAUUUUAAUCAAUUAUCGAUUACACCUUGGGGACGUUCCACCAAUUCCACUUGAUGCUGCUUUUAAAGUGACUUUUAUGGAGUCUACUCAGGCGCUGAUCUUUACAUGGAAAUAACAGAAAAUUCCAAGAAAUGGAAGCCACUGCUAGUAAAAGAAGAAAAGCUGAGUAUCAUCAGGGUUAAUAGCUCCUAUGUGAGAUCCAUGAAUGAUUACAGAGUUACUUUUAUAUAUCGAACUUUCAUGUUUCAUUAAUAAUAUGCUGCCUCUUUGGGACAUAGGUGCGCUCAUGGUACGAAGGCUAUUUAUUCAUCACAUGGAAUAGAAGAGCUAGAGGAACAAUGGCUUCAAAGGUCUCAUGCUUAUACAUUUUGACAGUAGUUUGUUGGGCAAGCGCUCUUUGGUACUUAAGUAUAACUCGUCCUACUUCUUCCUACACUGGCCACAGACAGCUCAGUAGCAUAUCCAUAGCCAGAAAAAAUGUUUCCUUUGGCAACAUAAGAACUCGACCUAUAAAUCCACAUUCCUUUGACUUUCUUAUCAAUGAACCCAACAAAUGUGAGAAGAGUGUCCCUUUUUUGGUCAUUCUUAUCAGCACAACUCACAAAGAGUUUGAUGCAAGGCAAGCCAUUCGAGAAACGUGGGGAGACGAAAACAACUUUAAAGGAAUUAAAAUCACCACACUAUUUCUUCUCGGAAAAAAUGCAGAUCCUGUGUUAAAUCAAAUGGUAGAGCAAGAAAGCCAAAUUUUUCACGACAUUAUUGUGGAAGAUUUUAUCGACUCUUAUCACAACCUCACUCUGAAAACAUUGAUGGGGAUGAGGUGGGUAGCAACGUUUUGUUCAAAAGCAAAGUAUGUUAUGAAGACAGACAGUGAUAUUUUUGUAAAUAUGGAUAAUCUUAUUUAUAAGCUGCUGAAACCUAACACCAAGCCAAGGAGAAGGUACUUCACUGGUUACGUUAUAAACGGAGGACCAAUAAGAGAUGUUCGCAGUAAGUGGUACAUGCCAAGAGAUUUGUAUCCCGACAGCAAUUACCCACCCUUCUGUUCAGGCACCGGCUACAUUUUUUCAGCUGACGUAGCGGAACUGAUUUACAAAACCUCCCUUCAUACCAGACUUCUUCAUCUUGAAGACGUGUAUGUUGGACUCUGUCUUCGGAAGCUGGGCAUUCACCCCUUCCAAAACAGUGGCUUCAAUCACUGGAAAAUGGCCUACAGCUUGUGCAGGUACCGCAGGGUCAUCACAGUGCACCAGAUAACACCAGAAGAAAUGCACAGAAUUUGGAAUGACAUGUCCAGCAAGAAACAUCUUAGAUGUUAAGAUUUUUACAGAUGUAAAUACCUUUUUUAGUAAUUUUGGUUUAGUCUGGUUAUUUUUUGACAAAGCGAUCUGCUGAUUUACAGGUUAAACUGUGGGAUACUAACUGUGAAAGGAUUUUUAAUGACUGAUUUUUCAUUCUCAUUUUGACUACUGGUUUACAGACUUCAGGCUCUUUUCAUAAGGACAUUACACCGACCGAAAGGAUCUAGAGUCAAAACUCAGAUUUUGUAUAUUAUCCUCUAUCACACAUAUCAGCUCCUGCAUCUGUAUAUAAAAGGACAGUAAUAAACUAUUUUGAGCUACUUAACAGUUCAUUCCCCAGCCUCUGAGAUAAGACUCGGGCCCUAAGAAUGAAGAAUUACAAACAUACUUUUAUUCCUGUUUUGACACCCUACAACCAUCUCUAUUUAGAGCUUUGUUAAUAAAUGGAGCGGUAUACAUUUGCACUGACCUUACACCUAUCUUGACAUGUAUAUUUUAUAGUACAAUGUGUGCUAUUCCCAAACAGCUUACUGAUGGUAUAAUAUCAGAAUUUAGACAGGUAAGAACAUCAAAGUCUCACAGGCCUUAGGAAACAAACCAACACGCUGAAGUAUAUUUUUAUUUACCAAACAGUAUUCCUUUAAAUUAUUUCAGAAGAUACCCCAUUUCUUUCCACUGCCUAAAGUAGCCCCUAAAAGAUGUAACACAAUUUUAUAAUUAAGUAGAAUGUAUAGGUGAAAUAAGACAGGGAAGAUGUAUGAAAAACUGUCUUAAAAAUACGUGGGAAA